UUUUUAAUUUUUUUUUUUAUUAGAUUCUUGAAUUUCUCCAUUUAUGUAUUAAAGAGAAUAAGUAACAAAUUUUAAUUACAUCAUUGGACUGUAAUGAAUAAAUUAUUUGCAAAUUUAUCCGUUUUGAUUUAAAUAACAAUGAAUUCAUAUUUGGCAACUUUUUUCACAUUACAAUUUUUGUUAUGCAUAUGGAUAAAACAAGUUUUAACAUCUGAUAAGAUAUAUACAAAUACAUGGGCAGUAAAUAUUUUAGGAGGCGAGCAAGCUGCUCGUGAGCUAGCAGAUUUACAUAACUUUGAUUAUCGGGGACCUGUGGGGAGUCUACCAGACUUAUAUAUAUUUUCCCAUAAAAAUAUUAAAGCAAGAAGUAAACGUAGUGCUGAUGAGCAUCAAUCAUUGCUUACUACUCAUCCUAAUAUAAUAUGGGCUGAACAACAAAUUGCUAAAAGUAGGCGUAGGCGUGGUUAUGAAGUAAUAUCAGAUCCACUUUUUGAUAAACAAUGGUAUUUAAAAAAUAAAGGUCAGACUCGUGAAAGAUGUAAAUCUCAAUAUGCUGGUGAUAACUUUGAGCAGCUUGAUAUUAAUGUUGUUAAAGCUUGGAACUUAAAUGUGACUGGGGCAGGUGUUGUUGUCUCUAUAUUAGAUGAUGGACUUGAGCAUUCACAUCCUGAUCUUUCACGUAACUAUGAUAGUUUAGCAAGUUAUGAUUUUAAUAGUGGUGAUUCUGAUCCUGCACCUCGAUAUAGUCAAGAUAACAUAAACAAACAUGGAACACGAUGUGCUGGCGAAGUGGCAGCUGAAAUUAACAACAAUGUAUGUGGUGCAGGUGUUGCUUUUAAUGCCAAAGUAGGUGGAAUCAGGAUGCUUGAUGGAGAUGUUACUGAUGCUGUUGAAGCUGGAUCUUUAAGUUACAAGCCAGAGCAUAUAGACAUUUACAGCAGUAGUUGGGGUCCUGAUGAUGAUGGAACAACAGUGGAUGGACCUGGCCAGUUAGCUCUUAAUGCAUUUAAAGCUGGAAUAGAAAAAGGUCGUGGUGGAUUAGGUUCUAUAUUUGUGUGGGCAACAGGUAAUGGUGGUCGAUUUCAGGAUUAUUGCUCAUGUGAUGGUUACAUAAACUCUCCAUACACUAUUUCAAUUGGAGCAGUUGAUAAUUGUGGAAUGAAACCAUGGUAUUCUGAGGCAUGCUCAGGUACACUAGCUGUUACUUAUAGUAGUGGUGAUGCUAGUGGUCAAUUUGAUAAGCAGAUUGCAACAACAGAUUUGCAUGGAACCUGUACACAAUCACAUACUGGAACCUCUGCAGCUGCUCCACUUGCUGCUGGUAUAUUUGCUCUUGUCCUUGAAGCCAACAAAAAGUUGACCUGGCGUGAUAUGCAACAUUUAAUUGUUAAAACGUCAAAAAUGGUUAGUCCAAAAGACGAUGAGUGGCAGAAAAAUGCAGCUGGGUAUUACGUAAAUCCGAAGUUUGGCUUCGGCGCUCUUGACACAGGAGGACUAGUAGAAAUGGCAUCAAGCAAAGAUUGGAAAACUGCUGGUGCUCAGCACGUGUGUCACACGACUAAAAAUGACGUAAAUGAAUUUUCAGCUGCAUCUACUGAUUCUUAUAUUGAAGCAUCUGGUUGUGAAAAUGACAAAGGUUCUUGUGUAACUAAGUUAGAACACGUACAUGUUAUUAUAAAUCUUAAGAAAAACAGACAACGUGGUCAACUUUCCAUAAGUCUUACAUCUCCUCAUGGGACUGUUUCAAAGAUUUUGCAAAAGCGGCCUCGUGAUACUAGUGAAGAAGGUUUCAAAAACUGGGCAUUUUUAACGGUCUUUCACUGGGGCGAAUCUCCAAAAGGUAAAUGGAAGCUUUCUAUAAACGAUCAAACAAAAGAAGGCUUUACCUUAGUUUCAUGGUACAUGACGUUUUAUGGAACAUGUGAUAACAAAAUUUCAGAUCCUUUUAAAAUACAAAUAAACGAAAGCGAAAUAUGCGAUAAAAUAUGCAAAAAAGGUUGUCCUGAAGUAUUUUUUGAUAGUUGUGAGUUGUGCGAGCAAUAUUGCGACUGUACGAUUGGUCGUUGUGUGAAGCAAUGCGCUAAUGAUCUUAUUACCGACAAUCAGCUGCAUCUUUGUAAGCGAUCGUUGGAAUAUCAAGAGGAGCAUACAUUAAAUGUCCUUGUUGCAAGAGAACUUAAAGAACAACCUGUAAUUGGUAUUUCUAUGACGGCUAAGUUUGCCAUAAUUUUUUUAGCACUUUUAGCUAUUAGUGCAAUGGUCUCCGGUAUUGCUUUUUUUAUCGCUAAUAUGCCUCAAUCUAAAACUUUUGCACAGGGGUACCGUUCUGUAUCUCGAUAUCCUUGCACUGAUACAGUUGAAGAAGGUUUGAUUGUUGAUGAGGAUAAAAGUAGUCUUAACAGUUUAGAAACAAAGAUCGUUAAGUCAUAAUAUUUCACUUGCUUGAAAAACUGGUACUCCCCUUUCCUGCUUCUUUUUUUACUAACAGAUUUUAAAUUAAUAAUUGUAGAUAAUUCUUGUGGUGUCUUUGUUUUUUUACAAUACCCAUCGCUGACAACAAGCUAAAAAGCAUAAUAUCCUAGAAUUAUGUAAAUGCCUUUUAUUCUCAAAAAACGAGCAACGUCGUA